GUUAAAUUAAUUUUAUUGCUAAAAUAAAUUUUUAGUUGCGAGUCUACAGUUUUAUAAAUCACGCCCUUUUUUGAGGUCGCAGAUAAAAUGUUUCUACAGCCGUCUACAAAGGGUGGUCAUGCUGAAAACAACUUGUCCCUAUGUAAGCCAUCGAGUAAUGGCAACGCUGGCGUAUCAGAAAAAGAGUCCAGUACACCUGCUGAAGAGACGGUUGUCGUUCAAACUACAUCUGCAGUGGAUUACCAGCUAGAAAUAACACCUGCGAUUCAUCCGCAGAAAGAAUUUAGCGGCGACUGUCCACUGUCUACUGUUAACGAGCUAAUCGUGAAAAAGAAAUGUAAUCUUAUUAAAUGUAUUACGGGAUAUAUCACACAUAAUAAAUAUGAAAUUAUGGACGGCGACAAGGUCAAAAUGUACACCGCGGUCGAAAGCGGAGACUGUUGCUGGAGGAAUUUAAUAUCGCCGUAUCACAGAUUUGACAUGAAAGUAAAAGAUAAUAAUGAAGAAGUGAUAAUUCAGUUCCGCCGCCAUUACUCCCGCUGUGUACAUAAAGUUGAAGUGGUAUUAACCUCGUCGCCGGAUACUGUCGUCGGUUAUGUUGAACAAGAGGGCAAAUGUUGCCAUAAUGGUUUGCUUGUAAAGAACUCAAGCGGUGACAUUGUGGCACGGAUCAUGGAACCUUGCUACCUUUGGCUCAGAUUAUGCAACGACGUGACGUUUACUGUUUACUCAGCAGAUGGUGAGACGGAGGUUGGAAAAAUAAAAAAAACAUGUUGGGCCAAAUUAUGUUCAGAAAGGCUCAGAACUAGUGACCAAUACUGUCUUUAUUUCCUCGAAAGCUUGGACUUCAAACUAAAAGUCUCGUUACUCGGAGCGUGCAUUUUAAUUGACUACAUUUACUUUGAAGACUGUUGUAUUAAAGAAAAGAAUUGCUGUUGUCAAUUGCUAUGCGGCAGUUUCAUGGAUUGUUUUUAGCGAUUAAAUGUUUAUUAGCGCUUAAUUUAAAUCAUACCUGCCUCAUUUUGAAGAAUUGAGCAUAAAAAUACGUACAAAAUCCAACAAAGUGCCUUUUUACGACACAUUGAUACUUACUUUUUUAAAAGUAAACAAAGCGCGCCACUUUUUCAGUGUUACAAGUGAUUAAAAUAGACAUUGUCUUUUUUAAUCAAGUAAUGUUCGCCAUUUUUUUUGUACCAAAAUUGCUAGGAUUGCAUUGAUUGGUUAUUAUUUAUUUUGAAAGUGUUCCGCUAAAAAUCGUAGAAUACUUUAGAUAUUUUACAAUUCUAUUAUUAAAAAGAUUGCAUUUAUUUAUCUUUGGUAUUUUUUGAAAACUGAUUUUUAUUCUUUAUUGUACACAAACAUAAUGUUAGAAACAAUUCAUUUUAAAUGUAAUGUACAAAGGCGAGAUUAUCUCUCAUAAGAGAUUUCUUCCAACAUACCUUUUCAAGUGAAUUGUUUUGUUAUUUAAAAAUAAAAUGUACGUCAUCAAAAUCAAAUUUUCAGUGACGGCAUAAUAAGAAUAUUUAUUAAAUGACAAACGCUUAAAGUUCUCUAGCAGAGCCUUUUUUAAAUAAUCAAUUAGAAAAUUUGAAGAUUGUUAAUAUUGUUUUUAAAAAUUGAUAACUGUAACAAUGUUAUAGUUUAGUAGGUAUAUUAAACUAUGAAUGCACACAAUUGUUUACAUUGAUUUGUUAUGGAUUAUAGAAACGUGAGUUUCCGAAAUUGUUCGCUAGAGGCGCUUCUAUCGUUAACAAACGCAAUGCAUUAGAAAUAUCAAAUUAUGUGCUCAUGACUAUAAUCUCUGAUAGGAUAAUGAAAGGUACCAUCGACUGUUGCAAUUUUGAUGUUAUCUCCACAUAAGGGAAGAUGUUGCUAGUAAUUAAAAUUAAUAGUCUUAUUGCUAGCUAAAUAUACCCAAUCUGGUCGACUUUUAUGCGAUCUCACUUACAAACUAUUGUGAUUAAUUAACACGAUGUCUCGACUGACUUUAAUUUCUCCUCAUGUAUUGACCCUUGCUGGUAUUAAUUCCAAUAUCAUGCAUUAAAAGGAUAAGCCUGUAGUAGAAUGUUUGGGUACUGAGCAUAGGUCCUUAGUAGGGGCACAGAUAAUAUAACCUGGUAUGAGCAAGCUUUCGGUACUAUGUUUAUUAUGACUAAAAGAUAAAAAAAAUAGUCGAAUAAUUAAGAAUUAUGUAUCUUGUCAUUUUUAUAUUUAUUUUAAUAUCCGUUUUAUAUUUUAAGCGUAUUAAUAAUAAACAUUGUAAUGUAUAAUUAAAUAUUAAGGUUUUUUUUUUAUAUUGUGAAAAAAAUAAAUUACAAUAUUACAUGUAUCACAUCUCCAUAUUUAGAAAAAAUAGAAUUUCAUCGUGCCUCCGAUCAAACUGCAUAUAAUUACUCCUUACCAUCCACAGGUUUUUUGAAAGAGAUCGCUUUUAGCGAUAAGGUCGCCCAUUGUUUUCUCACUGUGAUUAUUUCUUGUAAUUGUUUAUAUUUAUAAUAAGUUUACUAUUGUAAUCUUUUGGAGGAAACAAUAAAGAGUAUCUAUUUAUCUAAAUUGUCAAACUUUAUAGAAAUAUGCUGUAAUGUAAUAAUAAAAUCUAAAUAUUCAUGUAUGUUUUGAAUAAAUAUAUAUUUCUCAAACAUGCUUGGAAA